GCGGCGGCGGCGGCGACGGGCGGGCAGGUUGGCGGCUGCAUAUUUGAAGGAAAGUAUCAGUUUGUAUUCGCUCAGUGUGUUUGCUCCAGCGGCCGCGGCGGAAGCCCGAGCCUAGCCCAGCCUGAUCGGCCAGGGCAGCGCAGCGCAGCCCAGCCUUGCCCAGCCCAGCCCAACGCAGCGCAGCGCAGCCCGCUGCCCCAGCCCUAGCCCCAGCCCCAGCCCCGGCCCCGGAGCUUUGCUCCUGUCCGGGGCCGCCUUCCCUUGCCUUGCCUCGCCUUCCCUCGCCUUGCCUUCCCGGGGCAGGCACUCCGGACAGCGCAGCAAAGGCGCCGUGCAGAGCGCGGGGCGCAGAGCGGCGAGGCGAGGCCCGAGCAGGCAGCCCGGAGCCCGGCCCCUGGCCCCAGCCGGUCCCCCAGCUUCUCCCCGUCCGAGGUGCCUGCGCUGCGCUCCGCUCUGCUCCGCUGGGUGCGGAGUCGUUCAUGGAAACAUGGCGGUGUCGGCUCCGACCUGCGGCGCCUCCUCGCUCGCUCGGGCUCUGUGCGGCGGCGGCCACCUCCACCUCCACCUCCACCUCCUGCUGCUGCUGCUCGUCCUCCCGGUGCCCGGCGCCCGCGGCUACAGCUUCCCCCAGCAGCACACGAUGCAGUACUGGUCUCGAAGGCUGGAACAAGAGAUUGAUGGAGUGAUGAGAAUCUUUGGUGGGGUCAAGCAGCUGAGAGAGAUCUACAAGGACAACAGAAACUUGUUUGAGAUUGAGGAGAACGUCCCCCAAAAACUUGUGGAAAAGGUGGCAGGAGAUAUUGAGGGCCUACUGGCCAAGAAGGUCCGGGCUCUGAAGAGACUGGCUGAUGCUGCAGAGAAAUUCCAGAAGGCCCAUCGUUGGCAAGACAACAUCAAGGAAGAAGAUAUCCAGUACUAUGACUCCAAAGCAGAUGCUGAGCUGGAAGACCCCGAGGGUGAAGAGUUUGAGAGGGAAAAGCCCAGUACUCUGCAGCUGGACUUCGUUGAAGAUCCCAACUUUAAAAACAAGGUCAACUACUCAUAUACGGCUGUCCAGAUCCCUACGGACAUCUACAAAGGCUCCACAGUGAUCCUGAAUGAGCUCAACUGGACAGAAGCCCUAGAGGAUGUAUUUGUAGAGAACCGUAAGGAAGAUCCAUCACUGCUAUGGCAGGUUUUUGGCAGUGCCACAGGAGUCACCCGAUAUUAUCCAGCUACUCCUUGGAGAGCACCAAAAAAGAUUGACCUGUAUGAUGUCCGCCGGAGACCCUGGUACAUCCAAGGAGCUUCUUCUCCUAAGGACAUGGUCAUCAUCGUGGAUGUAAGCGGCAGUGUGAGCGGCCUGACACUGAGGCUGAUGAAGACAUCUGUCUGCGAGAUGCUGGACACCCUCUCCGAUGACGACUACGUCAACGUGGCAUCGUUCAAUGAGAAGGCCCAGCCCGUGUCCUGCUUCAACCACCUGGUUCAGGCCAACGUGCGCAACAAAAAGGUUUUCAAGGAAGCUGUGCAGAACAUGGUGGCAAAAGGCACCACAGGUUACAAGGCUGGCUUUGAAUAUGCCUUUGACCAGCUCCAGAAUUCCAACAUCACCCGCGCUAACUGCAACAAAAUGAUCAUGAUGUUCACCGACGGAGGGGAGGACCGAGUGCAGGAUGUGUUUGAGAAGUACAACUGGCCCAACAGGACGGUUCGGGUAUUCACUUUUUCCGUGGGACAGCACAACUACGAUGUCACUCCCCUGCAGUGGAUGGCCUGCGCCAACAAAGGUUACUAUUUUGAGAUCCCCUCCAUUGGGGCUAUCCGAAUCAACACACAGGAGUACCUGGAUGUUCUGGGCAGACCCAUGGUUCUCGCAGGCAACGAGGCUAAGCAGGUGCAGUGGACCAAUGUGUAUGAAGAUGCUCUGGGCCUGGGGCUGGUAGUGACUGGAACCCUCCCUGUGUUCAACCUGACCCAGGAUGGCAGUGGGGAGAGAAAGAACCAGCUAAUCCUGGGUGUGAUGGGCAUCGACGUGGCUCUGAACGACAUCAAGAAGCUGACACCAAAUUACACGCUUGGUGCAAAUGGUUAUGUGUUCUCCAUUGAUCUUAAUGGCUAUGUCCUGCUCCACCCUAACCUGAAGCCCCAGAUCACCAACUUUCGGGAGCCAGUGACCUUGGAUUUCCUAGAUGCUGAACUAGAAGAUGAAAACAAGGAAGAAAUCCGAAAAAGCAUGAUUGAUGGGAAAAGGGGACACAAACAAAUCAAGACUCUCAUCAAAUCCCUGGAUGAGAGAUACAUUGAUGAAGUCAUUCGAAACUAUACCUGGGUCCCGAUCAAAAGUACCAAUUACAGCCUUGGGCUGGUCUUGCCUCCUUACAGCACGUUCUAUCUACAAGCCAACCUCAGUGACCAGAUCCUGCAGGUCAAGUAUUUUGAGUUCCUGCUCCCAAACAGCUUUGAAUCUGAAGGACAUGUUUUCAUUGCUCCCAGAGAGUACUGCAAGGACCUGAACGCCUCAGACAACAACACGGAGUUCCUCAAGAACUUUAUUGAGCUCAUGGAGAAGGUGACUCCAGACUCCAAGCAGUGUAACAACUUCCUCCUGCACAACCUGAUUCUGGACACCGGCAUCACACAGCAACUGGUGGAGAAGGUGUGGAAGGACCAGGACCUCAACACGUACAGCCUCCUCGCUGUGUUCGCUGCUACAGACGGGGGCAUCACCCGGGUUUUCCCCAACAAGGCAGCCGAGGACUGGGAGGAGAACCCGGAACCCUUCAAUGCCAGCUUCUACCGGCGCAGCCUGGACAACCAGGGCUACAUCUUCAAGCCUCCCUAUCAUGACUCUCUCCUCAGACCGCUGGAGCUGGAGAACAACACCGUGGGCAUCCUGGUGAGCACAGCUGUGGAACUCACGCUCGGGGGAAGGACAAUCAAGCCUGCGGUGGUGGGAGUGAAGCUGGAUCUGGAAGCCUGGGCUGAGAAGUUCAAGGUGUUGGCCAGCAAUCGAACGGAUCGGGACCAGCCCCAGAAGUGUGGCCCCAACAGCCACUGUGAGAUGGACUGUGACGUGAACAACGAGGAUCUGCUCUGCGUUCUCAUCGAUGAUGGUGGAUUCUUGGUUCUCUCCAACCAGUACAAUCAGUGGGACCAGGUGGGCAAGUUCUUCAGCGAGGUGGACGCCAACCUCAUGCUUGCACUUUAUAACAACUCCUUCUUCACUCGCAAAGAGUCCUUUGACUACCAAGCUGUGUGCACCCCCCGGGCUCAGAGCAACACGGGCGCUGCCCCCCGAGGGGUCUUUGUACCUACCAUCGCCGACUUCCUCAACCUGGCCUGGUGGACGUCAGCCGCAGCCUGGUCCUUGCUCCAGCAGCUUCUCUACGGACUCACCUACCACAGUUGGUUCCAAGCAGAGGAUGCAGCGGCCGAGGGCUCGGAGACCAGGGAGAGCAGCUGCAUCAUGAAGCAGACCCAGUACUACUUCAGCACCACCAACGCCUCCUACAACAGCAUCAUAGACUGCGGAAACUGCUCCAGGCUGUUCCACGCCCAGAGACUGGCCAACACCAACCUGCUGUUCGUCGUGGCCGAGAAACCCCUGUGCAGCCAGUGUGAGUCCGGCAAGCUGCUGCAAGCGGAGAGGCGCUCUGACGGGCCGGAGCAGUGUGAGCUGGUACAGAAGCCACGAUACAGGAAGGGACCUCACAUCUGCUUUGACUACAACGCCACGGAAGAUACCUCAGACUGUGGUCGAGGAGCCUCCUUCAGAGCAUCCCUGGGCAUCCUGGUGCCCCUGCAGCUGCUGCUCCUCCUGGGCCUGUCCCCCGCGCCCCUGCCCCUGCCCUGGCCCCGCCAUGACCCCCACCACCUCUGAGCCCCACUCCGAGCCCCAGCCCUUUCACCUUAGCAGCCCUUCCCUCCUCUGCCCACCGCCCACAGCCUGUGGGAGAGUGGAUAUUCUGGACUGGGGGUCCUGGAACGUGCCCCCCCGCAGGCCCCUCAGCCUCUGAGACCCCAAUGCCACGUUUUACUGUUUUGCUGUCAAACGCUCACCCCCACCCCCCUCAUUCCAGCCACUGUGUGCGCUGCUGCCAAAGGCAGGCCCGGCCUGGGCUGGGGGCACAGCCCUCACGGUUGCCACGCGCUCCCCCUCCUCCCACGGCCCGCUUCCCCAGGCUCCUCCUCUCCCUUCUGAGGAGGCCCCAGAGAAUGGCUGCGGAACAGGGGCCGGGAGGUGCAGCUCCGGGGAGGAGGGGACAGUCCCCGUGCGGGCUCGGCCCUCAGUCCCCCCAGGCCUCAUUCUCGGGCUCAAAGCCUCGGUCACCAAGAGACUGAAGGAGCCCCACGGACCGGCCAAGGCCAAGUUCAGCUCUGGGCGACGCUGGGGCUGCCAGCCCCCACCCGCUAAGUCCCCACGGGCAGCUGCCCCGCCCGGAGCGCUGGGCUCCAAGAUCCCCGGCCUGGUAGAGUGAGCACACACACACAUGUCAGAGAUCAGCUGGUCCGAGCGGUGCCCGAUGGCGGCGAGUGCACAGACACAGACACGCGUGUCCAGAAACGUCACCCCUGCGGAGCUUCAGGGGAGAGUCAUACACACAUCAGGAGAAUGAGAAUCACAAAGCCUUAUGUAACAGAGGUGGGGGCAGGGGGGCUGCAGCCUGGAAGCUUUCUCAGGUUUCCUGUCCCUGGGGCAGAGCGUCUGCCCGUUCUGUGUGUCCUGGCUCCUCACGCCGAUCUCUCCCCAGGAAAUGCACUCAUCUCCACCUACUCCCUUUCUUCCUUACCCUGAAGCGCCCAGUUCAUUGCCCAUUGUUGCCUCCCCCUCACCCUCAAGCUGAAUGUCAAACUGUGCCAAAUGCCAGGCCAGGCAGUGAGUCCCCCAAAGCCAACCCCUUCAACCCCUGCCCACACCCAUCAGACACACCCUCAAUCAUUGUCCUGUGUCAGGUGGACAGUAUCUCCCCUGGGCGCGCUUUCUUUCUCUCUAUGUCUCUCUCUCUCUCUCUGUCCCUUUCU